AUGGAUACCAACAGUAGUGGAACAACUAAUUCCUCUAAUUCUCUAAGAAGAAUAAGUAGAUCCUUCAAAGCUUUAAGAAAUUUCUUUACUGGUCAACCUAAUGUUGCAGAUGAUACGUACUCCUUCAAAGCUAAUAUUACAAUACGAGAGCCAACGAUAUCACGAUCAAAAUCUUUCCGAAACUUCUUCAGAAGACAGUCAUGUUCGAAUAGCUUAGAUGGAAAUAGUUACAAUAACGUUCCAAUUAUAAUUCUGAAAUCAUUUUUUGAGAAGAAUUAUGAAGAUAAACAAUUGACAUAUUUUCCAAUACAGUGUAUACUUUUAAGUUUCAAGGAAAUCGAUCAAGAACAUAUAAGAGAUACAAUAAUGAAAUUUAAGCCUUAUCUUCAAAUAUGUGAUAAAGUUGAACCAAAUAAAGUUAUUUUUAAAUUCUUUAUGGAAAGGACUCAAUUUCAAUUUAUUUAUGAUCAUUAUCAUCUGGAUAGGUUGAAGGUAAUAGAUAUGAAAGUAGUUCACUUCAUAUCAGAUAGGGAAUUAAAGAUUAUUGGAGUCAAGGUUCUUACAAAUAUUUUCAAAGAUAAUCUUGAAGAAUUUAUUCAGUCUGAGAGACCACAUUCCAGAAAGAUACUAACAAUUAAUGGUAUACCAAAGAUAUAUAAUCAUAAACAAAUCGUUCAAUAUCUUAAGUUAUUUGGUAAAGUGGUAUCUGUAAGAUUAUAUGAGAAUGGAAAAGUUAAAGUUCAAUAUUCCCACCAGGAAGAUAUAUUAAAGAUAAAAGACACAAUUAAAAAGAAUAAUUUGAGACUCUUGCUUGCUUUAUCUACAUAG